GACGCGCUUAGUUUACGACAGCCUCUGUGGGACGUGGAGAGAAGGAAGGACAACACUUGCCUGGGGAGUGGAUCAUUCAUCUGUGCCUUUAGGGUGAGGAGAAACUACAAUGGAGGUUCUUCGUCCAACACUCAUUAAUAUCCAUGGAAGGAUUUACCGCAAAAACCAUGUGAAAGAACAGGUGUAUCCAAAUGAGGAAGAAGAUGACUUUACCUACUCAGGAGUCGUGGACUGUAUGGAUGAGCCUUGUGACUCUGUACUCAUAGAACAGACGGAGCAAGGUUACCGAUGCACCAUGGAUGUGCCCAGUGCACUUUACAAAUAUAUAAUUGGGAAGAAAGCAGAGACCAAACGCAGAUUAGAGACUGAAACACGGACUUCCAUAAAUAUUCCCAAACAUGGAGUGGAAGGACCGAUUGUUAUUACCGGGCAGCAGAGAGCAGGCGUGGCAUCAGCCCAAACACGGAUCGAGGUGAUGCUGGACAGCUUCCGUCGGAAACAACCUUUCACCCACUUCCUGUCCUUUGCCAUCAAUCACCGCACCAUUCAGGAACAGUUUGUGAAGUUUAAAGAGGAGGUGUUGGAAGGCCACUCGCAGGACCAUGGGAUUGAUGACAGUAUUUUCCAGAACCCCGCAAAGCUACACCUAACAAUCGGAACGCUCAUCCUACUUAAUGACCAAGAAGUGACAAAAGCCUGUGAGCUGCUGCGGAAAUGCAAGGAGGACUUUAUUGAUAAACUCACAGAUGGAAAGCCGCUCGCUGUGUGGGUGAAAGGGAUCGAGUACAUGAACGAUGACCCAAGUAUGGUUGAUGUUCUUUACGGAAAGAUUGAAAUGAAAAAUGGAACGGACAAAUUGCAGCUGAUUGUUGAUGGGCUGCUGGAGCGAUUUAUGGCGUCAGGACUGAUGGGGAAAGAGUGGGACAGGGUGAAGCUCCAUGCGACUAUGAUGAACACGCUUUUCAGAAGAGAUCCAACAGUGGAGGAACGCAGCAAACAGAACGUGCGUGAAAGGGAAUCAUUUGAUGCAAGAAAUGUAUUGAAGAAAUUUGAAGACUACUUUUUUGGUGAAGUGGAGCUGAACACGGUCCAUAUCUCCCAGAGGUUCUCAGCUGACAGUUCUGGCUUUUAUUCUUCUUCAGGAUCCAUCAACUUUUCUUAAUUGUUGAGCCCUGACGGACAAGAUAUGUGCAGAAUCACAUUGCACCCCCAUCUCCACCCAAAAUACAACGACAAUAGAUACGUCUGCUCAACUUGGAAACCACCGCAGAAUAGACUUGAGUGAUGCUUAAUUGCAAAUGAACCAGUGUUUCAAUUUGAUCCCCUUUUAACCCCCUUUUUCAGAAGCAAUGAUUGAAUUGUUAUGACUUCUUAGCCUUGGGAUGAGAUGCUGACGUUGAACAAUGGAGUACUCUUGCAUGUGACAGAACCAGGUGCUCCCAGGUCAUAGGCAACAGAGUCAGAUGGUCGGUAGAGAUCCCUGUUCUUGACCAGCAUUGUUCCUCCGCAGGAUAUGUCCUAUCGUUCCAAUCUGGCAAUUUUCCAUCCCCUUGCCAAUCAUCGUGUGCUGUCUCGGGCAGAUUGCCAUAUUUGUGCUGACAUGUGUCACCACAGACCUGCUCGCUCAUACACCUUUUGUAGAUGAACCAUGAGGCCAGCAGGCAGAGGAGAAUUCCAUGGUCACUCCAGCCCUAGAAGCGAGAGGCCAGCUUGCUGACAUUCUGCUCCACCUUGCCCUCUGAUUGCGGUGAAUGGUCUCAGUCUGUCAAACAUUCACAGGGAAUAUUUGGUUGCAACAUGUUGCGGUAAGUUAAUAGUAGAACAGAGCAGAUGUGCUUUAUCAUGUAACGAAUAAAUCAUCACACACAGCUAAAGCCUGAUGUGCCCAGCAAUUCCCUGCA